AUGAGAUUCUCCGUCGUUUCCGCCGUCAUCGCCUCCGUCGGCCUCGUUGCCGCCGCCCCCGCCCGUGAGGCCAACAUGGGAGGCCUCAACGCAAUCUGCGGCUUCGGCUUCUGCAACUCCGGACCCGGUAAAGGCGCUGCCGACGCCGCCCAGGGCGUUGGCGCCGAGGCUUUCAAGGCCGGCGACGUUCUUCUCAACCUCCUCGGCGAUGGCCUUGGAAGCGCCGCGUCGGGAAACGUCCUCGGCGCCGCCACCGGCGUCGGACAAAACGCCGCCACGGUAGUCGGCCAGGUCCCCGGUGAUUUCACCAAGAUAGGUACCGCUGCUGGCGCCGGUGUCAUGCCCGCGACCACCAAGACCAACUAG